AUGAAUGCCUGGUUGAGUAUCAUACCAAGAAUCUUAAAAUCAAAUGUGAAUAUAUAUCAUUUUGCGAGUAGAAUCGGUUCAUUACCAUUAUCAUCAGAAACAACAAUAACAUUUACUAUUAUUCCUCGUAAUGAAUAUUCACCGAUAUGUGAUAUUAAUAAUAAUAGCAUAUCAAUAUCAAUAAAGGAAAACAGUAAACACGAUACAAUCAUAAGUACAAUAUCAUGUCGUGAUGAUGAUCAAGAUGAAUUUAAUAGGCAAAUGAGUGUAAAUGCAAGAUGGUGGCCAGAAGAAAUACAUGAUGAUAAAAUUAAAUAUAAUAUUCCAUUUGAAAUAGUCACUCAAAAAAGUAAUUCAUCCGAAUCAACAAUUCAAGUCAUGAUAAUUGUUAAUGGUUUAAUAGAUCGUGAAUUAAUAGCUUAUUAUCCAUUACUUCUUACUGUAUCAGAUCAUGGUAAUCCACCACAAUCAACAAAUAUAUCUUUGUUAAUAGAAAUUCUUGAUGAAAAUGAUAAUUGUCCACAAUUACAUAUCGAAACAUCAUUUAUAAUGAUUAAUCGUGAUAUAACAAAAAAAAGAUUUUUCAUGCAUCUUAUUGCGUCAGAUAAUGAUCAAGAUUUAAAUGGACAAAUAACAUUUGAAUUAUCACCAUUAACAUCACCAUCAUUUAUAUCUUUAUAUACAAAUGGUACUUUAAUCAUACAAACAAAUUCAAAUUUAAUUCAUGAUGAUUCAUUAAUUAUUCUUCAUGUACAAAUACGUGAUCAUGGUCAACCAAUACCAUGUCUUAUUGUUGAAACAUUACGUUUAUUUAUUGGCUCAAAUCGAACUGAUUGGUUAACAAUUUUGAAAAAAAAUAAUAAUAAUGAUGAAGCAUCAUUACGUCUUGUCACUGAACAAUUUCAACAAGGUAAACGAAUGGCUUAUUCAUUUUCUUUACAAUCUACAACAAUAUCAUCUUCUUUAUCGAAAGAUUCAUUAUAUAUAACUUCAUUAAAAAUUCGUAAACAAAUAUUUGCUGUAUUUAUUGGUUCAUCUAUAAUUAUUUCUAUUAUUAUAAUAACAAUAAUAUUAUGUUUUGUUGAUCGUUUAUAUAAAAAAACUAAAAAGAAAAAAUCUUCAAUGAAAUUAAAUGGUAUUAUCAAUCAUAGUCCAUAUAUUUUAACAAAUGGUAAACGUUAUGCUAAUUCAUCACCUUUUAAAUCUCGAUAUUCUUAUGAAGAUGAAUCACCUACACAUAAUUAUACAAGUUUAAAAUCUAUGAAACCUAUUAUUGUUGUUGCUUCAUCGACUUCUCAAUCAUCAUCAUCAUCUGUUGAUUCAACAACACGUGUUAAUACAACACAUAGUCGUAUAAUGAAUACAACAUAUUCAUAUACACCUAUUGGAACAAAUGAUGAAUUAAUGCCUAUUGAAUUUGAGGAUAAUAUUGAUGAUAUUCAUAGUGGUAUUGAAUUGAUGAUGACUACUGUUUAA